UCACACCGGGAGUGGCCCAGUGCUCGGCCGGCGAACCGGCAGACCAGGACGAACCCGAACCCGAACCAGUACUGAUUAGAACGUCGGCCGAGCUGGCUGCAUGGUAGAGGGCGCGUCUGUGCUGAUGUGAAAGAUCCGCGUACCGACACACGUGACGACGAAGUGCCGUUUUGCCGCUGCGAUCGUUAAACCAAAGCGCGGGAAGGGUUUGGUGCAGUGAAAACAGUGUUUAGUGCUUUCAUCUCAACCUGCUGUGACAGAACCGCUACCCCAACCAUGGGCAAAACGGAACAACCGCUGAUCGUGCGGUACAAAAACCAAUGGUACGAUCUGACAGAGUUUGCCCACAAGCAUCCGGGCGGGAAAAAUUCGCUCACCGGCCUGCACGAGAAGGACAUGGCGGAGCGGUUCGAUCGGGCACCGGGCCACUCUCAGGCCGCCAAAUACUUGAUGAAAGAGUACCAAAUUAAGCACGAUCCCAAACAGAACGGACACUCUCUACCGAACGGUACCAAAGCGACCGUGAACGGGACAACGCUGCGGAAUGGGACCAAACCGACCGGCAACGGAUUACACACCGCCAAACUGCACGGCGAGGGACAUACCACGGCAGUGACCGCGAACGGUGAUGUAGCGCACCUUACCGACGACAGUAUGGAGUACUUGGUGGACUGGAGCAAACCGAUGCUGCUUCAAAUCUACCGGCUGGGCGACAAGUACGCCGAAUGGGUGAACAAACCCGUCGAUCGCGAGCUGCGCCUGUUCGGACCGACCUGGGUGGAAAACCUUACCCGCACGCCCUGGUGGAUAGUGCCCGCCUUCUGGGUACCGGCCAUCCUGUACCUGAUCGUGCGCCACGGUGCACAACAGGUGGCCACCGGCCGGGGGUUUGCCAGCGCGAGCGAAUCGUUCCGUACGGUCGAGCUUUACCUGCAUCUAGCGAUCGGUGCGUUCGCGUGGACGCUGCUCGAGUACUCGCUCCACCGGUGGGUGUUCCAUCUCGACCCGAAGGGCAACCGGGUGCUGCAGACGUUCCACUUUCUGAUCCACGGCCAGCACCACAAGGUGCCGUUCGAUCCGCACCGGUUAGUGUUUCCGGUACCGCCGGCCCUGCUGCUGACCAGCCUGUUCUACCAGCCGGUGUACUAUGCAUUCCCCUAUCCGCGGCUAACGCUUGCCGGUGGACUGAUCGGCUAUCUCGUAUACGAUAUGAUCCACUACUAUCUACACUAUGGCAGCCCAGCCGGGGGCCAUCUGUAUCAUAUGAAGCGAUACCAUUACUCCCAUCACUUUGUCCAUCACGAUCAAGGUUACGGUAUUAGCAGCGACUUCUGGGACAAACUGUUCGGAACGCGCAUCAUGCUGCGAAAGUUAAAGUAUCUACUGAAGUGGUAAAACUGUGCCAGCAAUCAAUUCCUUCUUUCGGGUCGUUCAAUUCCAAUGGGAUGGUGGUGCAAAACACUACUAAACUGGGCUGUUUUUUUUUACUUUUUAAUAAUAAAAAUUAAGCAACUUUCAUCCGCUUUCUCGUUUCGGAAAGCAGACUGAGCAAGCGAGAAGCGUGAAAGGAGUUGGCAUUAUAAUUGAAA